GCUGCGCUUAUCGAUCUCCACUAAUUGAACAACUGGGUCGUUGCCUCAGCGUGUACGUAUUUAAAUAAUCUACUCAUUGCCUGCGUCAUGAUCCACAGUUCCACAUCUUGCCUAAGCUAAACUAACCUGGAUCAGAUCGUCUCAGUUUCACCCCUCACUCCCUCCCUCCCUCCCGCGAAGACCUUCAGCCCUCCAGACUCCAGUUGAAGCUCUAAGUCCAGUUCCAGUUUUACCAGCAGAGGCAGUAGUACUACCAUGGCUAGCAAUGAUAGUACGGAGCCAACAAGUCUGACGAUCCAAAAAAUACGAGAAAUGACAGAUAAUUUCUCUGAGCAACGAGCACUUGGUCAAGGUGCAUAUGGAAAGGUUUACAAGGGGGUGCAUGCCAAUGGAGAAGAGAUUGCGGUCAAGUUGCUCUAUAACAACAUCCAAACACCCAAUGAUGAGCAAUUUCAACAUGAGUUUGAUAACCUUAUGAUGCUUAACCAUCGAAACAUUGUACGAUUAGUUGGCUACUGCUACGAAACACAGCGCCAACAUGUAGAUUUCCACGGAAGAAUAGUUUUCGGUGAGACAACAUACAAAGCACUCUGCUUUGAGUAUAUGCACAAUGGGAGCCUUCAAAGACAUCUUUCUGAUGAAUUUCAUGGACUUGAUUGGAAGAAACGUUACAAUAUUAUCAAGGGAGCAUGUGAGGGAUUAAAAUACCUUCAUGAAGGAUUCAGAAAACCAAUUUACCAUUUGGACCUAAAACCAGACAACAUACUACUAGAUGAGAAUAUGAUACCAAAGCUUGCAGAUUUUGGUUUGUCCAAGCUCUUUGGUGAAGAACAAACCAGGGUCACAAAUAGUCCUGCAGGAACAAUCGGAUACUUGCCACCAGAAUACUUAUUUGGACACAUUGUCUCAAAGAAGUUGGACGUAUUUAGCUUGGGUGUUGUAAUUACAAAGAUAAUCGCAGGACCUAAAGGCCACACAAGAAGUGCAGAAAUGCCUUACCAAGAGUUUCUUGAUCAAGUACAUCAAAACUGGAGGACCAGGUUGGAAGCAACUUGCACUUCUUCAAGGAUACUAGAUGCAUAUUGUGAGCAAGUGACCAUAUGCACUGAGAUAGGAGUGAGCUCCAUGGAGGUUGAUCGGUACAAAAGGCCCAGUAUACUGGAUAUUAUCCAAAGACUGGACGAGACCGAAGCUAUGAUUGAAAAGGCGAUUUCAUGGUCGGCGAAUUCAAGUUCAUCGAUGCCAGUGAAGUCCCAAAGCGAGAACAAUGACAAUCAGGUGAGAGUAGAAGCGUUCGCAAGAAACAAGGCGAUUCAGCUUGCGGAGACGUGCGAUCAGUUCCCCGUCUUGGUGCGGGUCAGUAGGAGGGCACUAUGGGGUCGUGCGAAGGAGAUGCUAAGCGCUGGUAUCGACGUCGUCCUAGUGUUCAACGCCCCGAAGCAAGCUGUGAAGGAGGUGAUCACGAAGUUUAUGGACGAACUGGGCCCUAACGACCGCCUCUCCAUCUUGUUUGUCGGGCAAAACUCUACGCAACAAGUCACGGAGCUUACGUACAUGUCCGCCCAUGGCCGGGACGUUGCCAACCACGAGAUCAGCAAGCUGGUGGCCCUCUACUGUGGAACAGUGCAUGAGGGCCACGUUCUGCAAAAGGCAGCUGAGGUUCUGCGGCAGCGUGGUGUGGAGGAGAGCAGUAACCGUACCGGCUGCAUCCUGCACGUGUGGGUGGGUUGGACUUUCCUUGAGAUGUUCAAACAAGAGAUCAGCCCGGAAUUCCCGGUCCACACCAUUGCUUUGGGCGAUCAUAAUCGACGGGAUAUGAAUCUAAUAGCCGAAAAGACCUCCGGCACCUACUCCUCCAUCGAAAACCAGAAUACCAUCGCGCAUGUUGUCACGCAAUGGGCUGCACAGUGGCCUGACAGGAUCACGAUCCAGGCUGACGAGGGCGUCACCAUAUCUUCCAUCGUGUCAGGUUGUUAUGGCAAUCUUCUAAGCUCGGACAAACGGUCAGCCAUAGUAGCCCUUAACAAGAUCUGUGCCGGAGAACAGAAGACCUUCGUGGUCUACUUGACGGUCCCACAGGGCAAGGAGAAGCUUGUCACGGUCGGCGGUCAGUACCAGGGCAAGGAGCUAGUUGGCAUGGACGUGGUCAUAAUACGACCACGCCGAAAAUGUCUGCCAGACGAGAUGAUCAUCCACCCUAAGGUGGCAGCAGAGCUCUUGCGGAUCCAGUUGAUGAAGGCCAGGUUGGAUAAGCAUCGCAGCAAAAUGGAAGCGUUGUACGGUGAGACCAAGGACUUGGAUGAACAAAGCAACGCCCAAGAGGACGUCGAAGACAUGAGAAGCCGAUAUGGGCAGUCCGAAGUUUUCCAACAAACCGUAGAGCAACAACACAUACAGGUACAAGGAUUCGCAAGAAGCAAGGCAAUUAUGGGCAGCAAGACAUACACCGAGUUCACUGUCCUGGUGAGGGUUUCCGCGGCACCAUGGCAUCACGCCCAGGAGAUGCCACGCGAUGGCGUGGACCUCGUCGCUGUGCUCGAUGUCAGCAGAAGCAUGCAGGCAGAGAUGCUAGAGAGCGUGAAGCAGGCCAUGAUGAUCGUGAUCGACAAACUCGGUCCGGAUGAUCGGCUUUCCAUCGUGUUAUUAUUGCAGACUCACAAGCGCCGCCUUUUGGAGCUCACUUAUAUGUCUGACGACCAUGGCCAUGGUCGGGAUGCUGCGAGGUUCAAGAUCAGUCAACUAAAAGCUUCAGAUGGAAGAUGCACGAGCCAUAUUGCUAGCGCCGCUCUACAAGAGGGGGCUCAGAUUCUCAAGGGACGUGGAACAGAGGAGAUCAGCGGUCGCCUAGGCUGCAUGAUCUUCUUGUCAGAUGGCGAGUACCCAGAGAUCUUACAGAUGCAGAUCAGCCCUGAAUUUCUGGUGCACACCUUCGGUUUGGGUGCUGACCACAACUCCAAUGUAAUGAAGUACAUUGCAGAUAUGACCUCUGGAACCUACUCUUUCGUCGACCAGGACAUCAGCAACGUCAAGGAUGCCCUCGUGCUGUUCAUCACCGGUCUCACGUCGAUUGCCGCAACGUCCAUCAUGAUCAGCCUAGUGGCUAACCUUGGCACAUCCAUAUCAUCCAUCGAGUCUGGCAACUACAACCACAACGUGAAAGGCGACAAAAAUUCUGGCACUAUCAAUAUCAACCACAUCUAUGCCGGUGAACGAAAGGAGUUCAUCAUCAACCUAAUAGUAGGGGCUGGCAAGAAGAGGCUCAUGACCAUUGGCGGACAGUACCAGGGCUUCCAUGGGAGCAAGAAGUUUCUGGAUGAAACGGACAUGUCCGUACUACGACCCUGGUUGACUCGCUCGCCAGACUAUAUGGAAAUCCACCCUGACGUAGCAGCAGAGAUCGCACGGAUCAGACUACGGAAUGGUGUUUCAGACAUGCUGGAGAAGCAGCACUUGACUGGUCAGGGGUUGGAACAGCUAUGGAACAUGAUCAAGCACUCUGACGAGGGCCGCGGAGCACCAGAGAAAACCUUGUCUGGCCUCAGCAUGGACAUAGAUGAAAUGAAGAGGGACGUUUCAGGGAUGCCUUACACGCUAUCGUGGCUGUCAUGCCACAAGUGGCAGCGUGCAACCACCAAGGGUGCAGCCAAAAACUGCAGUGCUUUCCGAGCAAUAGCGCAGCAUGCAGAUGAAGAUACCAAUUUGGUGAAGGUAGAAACUUUCACAAGAAGUAAGGCUAUUCCAAGUGAGGGCCCCUGCAACAAGUUCCCUGUCCUCGUACGAGCUGCGGUAGCGCCAUGGUCGUGUGCGGAGGAGAUGCGACGCUUGGGCAUCGACAUUGUCGCCGUCCUUGAUGUCAGUGGAAGAAUGCAAGGGGAGAAGCUGGAUCGCAUGAAGCAGGCCAUGAAGGUCGUCAUCGACAAGCUCGGUGUAGAUGACCGACUCUCCAUCGUGUCAUUCGGCACCCAUGAGAAUUGCCUCAUGAACCUCACUUACAUGUCUGACCAUGACCGGGAUGUCGCCAGGCUCAAGAUCAACGAGCUGGUUGCCGGUGGUCAGAAUGACAUGAGCGCCGGUCUGCGAGAGGGAGCCCAGAUUCUGUGGUGGCGUGGAGUAGAGCGCAGCAGCCGUGUAGGCUGCAUGAUGCUCCUGUCAGACGGCAAGUUCCCAGAGAUAUUACAGACGGAGCUCGACAGAGAGUUCCCAGUGCACACCUUGGGUUUAGGCUCUGACCACAACCCCAAAGUCAUGAAGUAUAUCGCGGAAAUGACUUCCGGCACCUACUCCUCCUUCAACCAGGGCAUUGAGUUCAGGGAUGCCCUCGCGCUAUUCAUCAGAGGCCUCACAUCGAUCACCGCGAGGUCCAUCAAGAUUACCCUCAGGACCAACGAGGGCGUCACCAUAUCAUCAAUCGAGUCUGGCGGCUACACCCACCACGUGAAAUCCAAUAAUCAAUCUGGCACGAUAGAGGUUGACAACAUCUCUGCUGGCGAGCAAAAGGCCUUCAUUGUCUACCUAAGAGUGGCAGAGGGCAAGAAGGAUCUCAUGACCAUAGGAGGCCAAUACCUGAGCCACAACACGGUGAGGCACCUGGCUAACACAGGCGUCUACGCGCUGCGGCCACACCUGGAAUGUGUGCCAGGCGACCUGGCCAUCCACUGUGACGUGGCAGCGGAGCUCGUGCGGAUCCGUCUGGAGAAGGGCAUCUCGGCCAUGCUGGAGCAGGGCCCGAGUGGCGCUGUGCUGCAACAGCUAUGGGAUGAGAUCAUGGACUCUGACGAAGCUCGUGCCACGCCAGAGGAAGCCUUGUCUGCCCUGAGCAUGGACGUCACUGAAAUGAAGAGAGGCAUUGAACACCCCGAGGAGUACAGGAAGUCAGGGCUGCCUUACACGCUGUCAUGGCUGAGUAGCCACAACUGGAAGCGAGCAACCAUCAAGGGCACACCCUGCAGCUCGGAUGCUGCUAUCCAAACAACAGGGCAUGAUGCAGACGAGACAACAACUCUGUCCAACUGAACAAAGUAAAGCAACAGUAUUUAUUUAUCAGCAAGUAAAUCAACUCAUUCAGCUACCAGCAUUCAUAUUUUCCAGGAGACACCAUCAGAUUUAGUGCCCGAUAAGUAUAAAGAUUCUUGUCAUGCGAGAAUAAUUUCUAUAAAUAAUAAAGCUCGGCCACGUUUUGUUGUCGUCUACUGUUGCAGACAAACAUUAUGUAGCAAAAGACUUUACAUAAUUUCUAUAGUGCGCCUUAUUCAAAGUGCUCUUUCUUUAAA